UAUUUAGUAGUACUUAAUCACUCAGUUCGACCUCACGUCUUGUGGUUACGUAUUAUAUUACGAUACCAGAUCAUGUGAUAAUUAUAAUCAAAUAAAAAAAAAGUUAAUUUAAAAAAUGUAUAAAUUGUUUGUGAUAUUUUUGUCUAUAGUUAGUGUUUAUGUGGACGGCGCAUCGUUAAAGAAUGAUUUAUUUAGAUUGGAUAUAGUGCAUUACAAUGAUUUCCACGCGAGAUUUGAAGAAACUACAAUAUCAUAUCCAGUAUGCACAUCAAACGAUACGUCGUGUUUAGGAGGCUACGCUCGUUUAUACUACGAGAUUAAAACUUUGCUCAAAGAAAAGCCUGGCGCUUUACUCUUGAAUGCUGGAGAUACGUUCCAGGGGACCUACUGGUACACUUUGCUGAAAUGGAAUAUAACGCAGAAGUUUAUCAAUAUGCUACCCAAUGAUGCUCAUACCAUAGGCAAUCAUGAAUUUGAUGAUGGUGUAGCGGGAGUAGCACCCUACCUUGCGGCACUCCAAGCACCUGUUGUAGUAGCGAAUAUUGACACCAGACUAGAACCCUCCCUAAAUGGGUUAUACAAACCACAUAUUGUACUGAAAAGAAGAGGUAGAAAUAUAGGAAUAAUUGGACUUAUAACAACAGAAACAAAGUCAUCUUCAAAUCCGGAAAAAGUAAAGUUUUUGGAUCCAAUAGCAACAGUACAAAGAGAAGCCCAAAUUUUGACGGAUGAAGGAGUAGACAUUAUAAUAGUGCUCUCGCAUUGUGGGCUUGAAGUUGAUAAGAAAAUAGCCAGCUCUGUCGGUGAAAAUAUCGAUCUGAUUAUUGGUGGGCACUCUCACAGCCUUCUCUGGAAUGGAAAUUCACCAAGCAAGGAGUUCGUAGCAGGGCCAUAUCCUGUGCUAGUUAAAACUGAAGCAAAUCCGCAACAUGAAGUGCUGAUAGUAACUGCAGCUUGUUUUACGAAGUAUCUCGGCAAUCUUACCGUAUACUUCGACCAAAAGGGAAACUUGAAAGACUUUAGCGGCGAACCCGUCUUUCUUAACAGAUCCAUUCCGGAAGAUCCAGAAAUAAAGGAACUAUUAAGACCCUACACUGAGAAAUUGCAUUCUUUUGUCAAUGAAAAAGUGGGAUUCGUUGGAGAGGCCCUUAUCACUAGGCAGUGUGGAUCAGGGGAAUGUGCUAUUGGUGACAUCGUUGCUGAUGCCUUGUUAGAUGCUACAAAGCAGAUGAAGGUUUCAAACUUAACAAAUGUUGCAUUCUUGUUGAGGAACAUGAUGCGCGGAUCAAUCCCUGAAGGAGAUAUAAUGCGAGGAGAAUUGAUUAAUGUUAUGCCGUUCACCAAUUCAAUAGCAACAUUCGCACUGCAAGGCAAAUACUUAUUAGAUGCUUUCAGGAACUGUAUGACCAAUUACUGGGUUGCGAAACCAUUUGUAGGACCGUGGAUGCCUCAAGUAGCCGGACUACGUUUAACAUUAAAUCUAACUGAUAAUUUGACUAUGGAAGCUUUAAUAAAGGAAGGCGAAGAAUACGUAUUAUUGGACCCAGAAAAGGAGUAUCAAGUCACAACGCUCAGUUUUCUUAGUAGAGGCAAGAAUGGCUUUGGCAUGCUUAAGGAACACGGAAAGAACAUGGUCACAGUGGGUAAAGAUUCUGACAUUUUGGAAAAUUAUGUACGCAAACAUUCACCGAUUGUACCUAAGUUGGAUAGUAGACUUAUUGUCAUAAACUAAAUAUAUAUAUAGGAAAGUACUUA